GUUAAACCUGUAUCAUUUUUUAUUUAAUUUAAAAAAUAUUUUUCAAUUAAAUCUUGUUUUUCAAUAUAUCAGUCCAAGACGACGAAAGGAAAUCGCUCACACAAACGUGGCAUUCUAUAAAACUGAUUCGUGGUAUUUUUGGAUAAUACACAUGACUGUACUUUAAAUAGUAUUUUACAUUGCUGAUCACUAAAAUUUGGAACUUUGUUAGUCAGUUUAGUUUAAGAGAUAUUUAUUUGUUUCGAUGUGGCGUCAGUUCGCCGAGCCCAAGUUAAUCGAAGAGGUGCUGCAGCUUCCUGAACUCCACCGCCUAGCACACUUAGGACUGACAGCCGAUGCAAGUUACUUGAUCAAGUUCGGAGCUGAUGUGGACAGGUUGAGCAAGGAGCACUCGACCGCCCUGCACUGCGCCUGCCUGGCGGCGCAGGACAAGAUGGUGAAGCUGCUGCUGAGGCAAGGCGCCAACCCUCUGAUAGCCAACGGCGAUGGCGACACCAGCCUCCACCUCGCCGCCCGGGUCGGAUCGGUCCCUAUCCUCAAGUGCUUGAUUGAACAUAAGGUGCCCUUAGAAGUUGAAAACCAGUCAAAGUUGACACCGCUUCAAGUAGCUGCAAAAGCUGGACAAACGGAGGCAGUGAAAUUUUUGAUUUCUGCUGGAGCUAAGAUUGCCACCAGAAGCCGCAGCAGUGGGCUGUGCUGCAUGGAGCUUGCGGCCUCUACCGGCUGCGAGUCCACAACCCGGCUGCUGCUGAACGCGGGCGCUCCGAUCGGACGCGCGCUCCACAUCGCGGCAGCCACUGGCCACACUGCCGUCGUCGAGCUGCUAUUGGACAACGGCUUGGAUGUCAAUGCUCCUGACCACAACGGCGAUGCUCCUCUACACCUUGCUGUCAUAGCUGGUCAUCUAGCUACAGUGGAGCUUCUGGCGGAUCGAGGCGCAGACCUCAACCAGGAUGGCUGUGAUAGCGCCCGACCAGUACAGCUGGCAGCAGGUAACCCACAGCUCUUGAGGUGGUUCCUCGAUCAAGGAGUCGAGAACGUGCCGCGCUGUUCAGCCCAGAGGACCGAGCAGGAUGGCUUCGUUUGGAACUGUUGGGUGUACCCUGGGGACGAACCAGAAAAUGUGGCAGGUGGAUGCUUAUCAGAAAAAACAGUUGGACGAUGGGUGCUUGCUACUCGGCCAUAAUAUCAAAAUAAUUUUUUCCGAUUCCUCCAUUCUUUAUUUACCUU